GCUACCGCGCCUCCCGAGGCUCCGGCUCCCGUCGCUGCGUGCGGAAACCCCGCGACCCGCGGCUGGGCCCAGCAACCAUGGCCCAUUACAAGGCAGAGCAGGAUGACUGGCUGAUUGUUUACCUGAAGUAUUUACUCUUCGUCUUUAACUUCUUCUUCUGGGUGGGCGGGGCGGCCGUCAUGGCCGUGGGCGUCUGGACCCUGGUAGAGAAGAGCGGCUACCUCAGCGUCCUGGCCUCCAGCACCUUCGCUGCGUCCGCCUACAUCCUCAUCUUCGCCGGGGCUCUCGUCAUGGUGACAGGCUUUCUGGGCUUCGGCGCCAUCAUCCGGGAGGACAGGAGCUGCCUCUCCACGUAUUUCUGCCUGUUGCUGGUGAUCUUCCUGGUUGAGCUGGUGGCGGGGGUCCUGGCCCACCUGUACUACCAGAGGCUCAGUGACGAACUAAAGCAGCACCUGGCCCGGACUCUGGCCGAGAACUACAGGCAGCCCGGAGCCGCGGACAUCACAACGUCCGUCGACCGUCUCCAGCAGGACUUCAAGUGCUGCGGGAGUAACAGCUCUGCCGACUGGCAGCACAGCGCCUACAUCCUGUCUCAGGAGGCCGAGGGCCGCCGGGUGCCGGACAGCUGCUGCAAGACGGUGGUGACCCGCUGUGGCCAGCGGGCCCAUCCCUCCAACAUCUACAAGGUGGAGGGCGGCUGCAUCACGAAGCUAGAACAGUUCCUGGCUGACCACCUGCUGCUCAUGGGGGCGGUGGGCAUCGGGGUGGCCUGUCUGCAGAUCUGCGGGAUGGUUCUCACCUGCUGCCUACACCAGAGGCUCCAGCUGCAUUUUUACUAACUGCCAACUGCAUCCCCCUCUGACGGCCCUUCCCAAGGACAGGGGCUCAGAUCCCACCCUCCAGGCCUGCGGAGUCAGCCUCAGCUUGCCCAGAAACUCCCAGAAACAGCCCCUCCGCUUUGCCGAGCCCCUUUGGACCUACCAAGUGCCCAAGACCCUGACCCCUGCGGUUCUCCCUGCCAGGCCAGGGUCCCUCAGCUCCCUCCCUCUACUUCCAAAUGCUCACUGCCAGGAUCCCCAAGCGGGGAACCCAUCCGUCAGUGCCCCUCCCUUCACCAGCCGUGGGGGGUCUGUGGACUGCAGGAGGGUGAGAAUCAGAGCCUCUGCUCCCUCCCAGCUCCCGAAACUGGAAUGAAGGUCUGAAGACUCCAGCUCCUUUGGGACUCUGCAUUGGGCACGUGAGCUCCCCGCUGGUGCUAAGCACCCCUCCUCAUCCCUGCUUGGUGUCCUUUUCUCUCCCCAUUGGGAAAUACUUAGGGUGGGGGCAGUUAGGGUCAGCUCUGCCCUCAGAAGACCCAGCCCUUUGAUGUGCCCACCCCCACACCUUCUCACCUGUAAGGGAGUGCCCUUCCAGGGCCACUGGUUCCUUCCCGCAGUGCCCAGCAGCGGAGAGGUGUGCAGUUAGGACCCGAGCUGGGGUUAGGCAGAGAUGGCUGGUGGCAGAGCCAGGGAGCGGACCAAGGCAGGUACAGUGGCCACCACUUGGGCACAUGCUGUCCCAGGACCCUGGGCACUGCCCAGAAGCCAUCCCUGCGAGAAGUCCCCCAGGAGACCAUGACCUUGAGCGCCAGUCCACAGUAAUACGCCCCUCAGGGAUCUCCUCUCUAUGGCCUGAUUCUCAGGCCAUACCUGGAAUGCCAGGUUUUUAACAUGAUCUCCAGCUCUUCCUGUUGGUGGGAGUGAAAAACCCUUCCUGAUUAGGCCAAAUCACAGACCCAACAAAGCUAGAGCCACGGAGAAGGAGCAGCUCUGAGUAGAGGGGUGCUCUGCCCUGAACCCCGUUUCUCCAGGGCCCGCAGUCCCUGGCCACAUGGCCACCACCGAGCCUCCUCUAGGAGCCAUCGCUCCGCUUCCCAGAGUGAAUGCAGUCCCUUCCUUCAUUCUCCCUGAAUCAGGCAGGGAAUUUUUUAGGAAGAACUUUCUCAAAUACUAAGGGAGAAUCGAACAAAAGGAAAACCCUGGGAAAUGGACAGUACAGAUGCUGGCAGUCUUCCAGAGAACAGGUGUCAACCUGAAAGUCAGCCACGGGGACCGCCACCUCCCCCAAGCGGGAGCUGUCCCAAGUAGGUAGCUUGUAGCCAGAGAAGCUGGCACCCAGCUCCUGUAUCUUCCAGGUCCCAUGCUGCCCAUGCUGGGGAACCUUUCACACGCCACCAUGAGAGGGUGGCCCCUUGUUGCUAAGAUCAAGGCCAAGAAAAGUCACACCUUGCCUCCCAACUCCUUCCAAGUCCCAGUAUGAUGACCACAGCUCUUUGUAACCUGCAUCAGUCCUGGGUGAAGGGCAUUCUCUCUCCCAAACACAGGUCAUUGCUGCCCCCAAACACAGCCCCCAGCUGGACAGAAGCUCUGCCCCCUCAGAACACAGAUCACGCACACGCACAGAGGGAGGACCAGCUUUCCAGGGCAGAUGACUUCCCGACCCUGGCGGUCCUCUGGGAGCUAUUGGAAUCCCAGCUGGCUUAUCCCCUCUGUCCCCAGGGCCCUGGGGUUGCUGAUGCAAACUCAUUAACAGGGAGACUAGCUUUCCAGAAAUCCUGGACGGCACCAAGGCUGGAAGAAACGGUACAGGGGCUAUGUUUGCUACCCUCUAACUCCUUAGGACUUGUGCAGGCAAUUGGGAAAUGACUGAUCGCCAAGCUCUCCGAAGGGCUAGGAGGCAGACUGACAGGUCUCACCAAGGGAGGGCUGAAAGCUGCAUUCUUUCUUGGAGGGGCCGGUGGGAGGCGGUGAUGCCCGGGGAGGGUCUGGGUCCUGUGGUACCUGAGGUAAGCGGGGCUUGUGGAGGUGGGACGGGGUGAUCGGCAGACAUCCUGGCCCUGGCCCCGGCCCCACGUGGGAUUAGGCCAUCCGGGCGGAGGGUGGGAUUAGCUGUGAUUCUACCCUGGGCACGGUCCCACCCUGACAGCAGCAGGAGGACAGAGGGUCCAAGCUGCAGAGACUGAAUGACCCAGAGUUUUAGAGAAUGCUCCUCUGCUUAUCCGUGCCCACAGCACGGAGGGAAGGCAGAGAGAGAGGUAACAGAGGCCCAGGAUACAGCUGGAUCUGGCUCAGGACACUCUGAAGGCUGGAGUCCAGAGCCCAGGAGGCGCCCACCCUACUUGAGAGCGUGCGGAUCUGCACCCAGGACACUGCUUGGAGGCUGACGUGCUCACGAGUUCCUUGGAGGGAGAGAGAAGGGCAUCACGACUGUUGAAAGCUGUUAUCAGUCGUGCGUGAGCACACAGGGACACAGAAAAGAAGCCAAGGCAGUGGCUGGAAACCACGCGGCCUGAGUCACACAUCCUGACCCUUCCCUCUGCCCGCGCCCUGGGGCAGCCACGCUCAGAGGGCAUGGCCUGUCCCCGACUCAGGAUGACCUGUCUCAUUCAUUUCACUCAUUCAUUUUCUUGGGGAGGCAGGAAUGAAAUCCAGCCUUUGGUGAGGGAAUGAGACUUGCUUUAAAGGUCUAUGAAACUUUCUUCUCCUUACAUCUCCCGGGAGCCUUGCCCCAAAUCCGGGGCGGUGGGGGGCACUGUGGGGGGCAGUGCUCAGGCCUCGCCAAAGGGGAGUGUCCAGGUCCUGGUCAUUACUGAGGGCCUACUCUGUGCUUAGACUGUGCUAGCCACAUAAGUGCUUUCUCUCGUGCUGGUCGCUACAAGAUACCAUCUCCCACUCUACAGACAACAAAAUUAAGGCUCCAAGCUGCUAAGAGAUGGGCAAGUCAGUGGCCGUGGCUGCUGUCAGGCACCCCCAGCUGGGUGGCAGCCAGGGGCGCUGGGCUGGGAGCCCCCGCUGCUCGGUGUCCUCCUGCUCUCCGGCUCUGCUGGAAGCUGUCAGGCUGACGUUCAGGAACAUCGUGUCCCUCGGGGGUCACUGUCCAAUAGCAGCAGCCUGCCCUCCUUCCCAGGGCAGACGAACCACCGCAUCUGCAGUCAGCAGAGCGGCCUGGCUUCUUUCCCAUGGACAUCCAGGCGGUGGGGUAGCUCAGGAAGCAGGCGGGGACCUGGGGACCUGGGGACCGCUGCUAGGGGAAUGGCCUGCUUGUCGCCUCGGGUGCCGAUGCUGACACCGGGCAAGAGCAGACGGGACCUCAGCAAGGGAACCGCCCAGGGCAUGUGAAAUCUCACACCCAGGAGAGAGCACAUCUUGGGGCAUGGAGGGCUGGUGAGGGCAUGGCAAAGUCCUGUCCCUGCCCCUUGCGGGGCCCCGGGGGAAAAGUCCCACGACACAGGCACUCAGAGCCACCCUAGGUAGGGAGGAGAUCCUCCGGGGGGGCCAUGUUAACCACCUUCAGCUACCUUUCCCUCCCCUGCAUUGCUGUUGCAGGAUUCCGGGGCGGGUGGGGGGUGCACAGUGUGGGCUCUGUCUCACAGAGCUGAUGGCCUGGAAUCUUUUCAGGCCACUCAGCCAGUGCACGGUCAUAGCCACUUAGGCCUGGAAGGACCAGCGCAACCCUUGGGGGUGGGGGUGGGGCAGUGAUGUGCCCCCAGAAUCCUCGUGCCCUGCAGUCAGGCUGGGUCUUCGAACCAGUCCCUCUGGUCCAUCCCAGGGUUUGGAGGCAGAGUAAGUGGACUGAAACACCCUCAUCCCCACCCACCCUGCUUUCAGCCUUGCAAACAUUCUCCACUUCUGGCCACCUGGGGCCUGGGGAGAGAAGGGGAGGACUAGGGGAAGGCGGUUGACUAGCUACGGAGAAAACGCGUCCUUUGUAUCCCUGCUGGGUAGCACUCCCGUGGCCGAGGGUGCUAGUGAUGCCUCGGAACCAGACGUUCUCAAGCCAAAGGAUGCAUCAGGUCACCCAGAGGACUCACCCCCCAGAGCGUCCCCUCAGCAGGUGCGGGGCGGAGAACUUGGCGUUUCUAACAAGUUCCCAGGUGAUGCUGGCACUGCUGGCCCCUGGACCCGCCCUCUGAGGACCGCUGCUUCAGGCCACCCCACCAAGGACACUCGGCCGCCUUCCUUUGUAUGCGCAUCAGCCCUCAUCAUCGCCAGGAUGUCUGGCGGGAGCCCAGCCCAUUCGCCGCACAAGUGCAGACCGCGAAUGCGCCUCUUCUGCUGUGCCUUCUUGCGGCGCCUGCUCUGCCCUCUGUGUGGGUCUGUGACCGUGCUGGGAGACCAGGUGCCUGGUCAUCUUCCUGGAAGGGAGCAGAUUAGGUUCCCAGCCCCGUCUUCUGUGUGCCUUGGGAGAGUUCGGCUCCGUUCUCAUCGCCCCCACUUUCUAGUGUAGCACAAGGGCCCCGCCCUGCCUGUCCUGCAGCCUCCCGUGUGCCCCCUUCCCCUCCUGCUUCCGCCCCUGACACACCCCGUGCAAGUGCCAUUAGCAAUUCCAGGCAGCCCAGUAGUAAGCCAGAUGGGCUUCUGGAACCAGCUGGCCCAUGGAUAUGGGUCGUCACAAUAUUUUAGAAACUGAGAAGUUGCCUUAACCUACUGCAUAUAGAGAACUUACUGUAUCUUUGAGAACGUGGCCCAGUCCUUAGCUGGCCUCCAUGUAAGCUUGGUCUCACCUGCUGGGAGGCACGAUAAUAAAGGACUUAUAUCUAGGA